UCUGCCCAUGGAGGAAGGAUGCAUCAAGAACGAGUGUUUCACUAACGAAUAAAUCAGAGUAGCUGAGUGUAGUCGGAGAAAGUCGUAUUGAUAGGGGUAAUGUUGUCAUUAUAGAUAGAAGAGAGUGCAAGCCAAGUGCCUAGAGAGCUUGCAGCCCCAGGGUGAGAGUGGUAGUUGCAGUUGCUGGUGGGGAUUCGUCAAUAGCCGUGGAUUAAUGGUAGUUCCUAAUAAAUAUAAAACAAAUAGAAUAAUCAAAAUUUGUUCGAUUUUGUCGAUGCAUAGUGGUUGAACUUUGCGAUGUGGAUGUACGAGUCAAGUGGAAGUUCGUGGUGCUCGUGUAACAAACUCUAAAUAGAAAAAAAAUAUUCAAACCCAAUGGCGAAUUGAUAGUGUGUGUUUGUGAGUGUGUGGCGCGGUGACACCCGCCGUGGGAUAUGGUUCGUGUGCGUCUUAAAUAUGGGGGUCAGCUGCGGGUUUGGAAACCGCCUAUCAUUGUCUUCCUGCUAAUUCAUCUACUCUUCUUAUUCAAUUCGGUGUUAUCUGCUUCCUCAUGGACGGCCAUCAAUCCCGUAUGGGAGGUGAAAAAGCUCUCCCAUGACACCCCCCUGAACUACCCCUAUUCAUUAUUGUUUCCUUUCAUAGAUUUUUCAUUAUCUGCUAGCCCCCCUAAUCCAACUGGUGAGAUGUUUUCUAAAGGCAUCCUCGUUUUCAACGCAUUUGGGCAAACCUUUCGUUUACUGCUUCAUGAAACAGAGCACUUAAUCCACGAUGACUUCACGACGCACCACCACGAACCUCAUAAAAAUGACACAAUCCCCAAUUCCAGUCACCUACAGGAAAUCCUACCUCCGGAAACACGACAUCAGAUCAUCGAGCACAAAAUAGGAAAACAGGUAAGGACGCGCAGAUCCAUACGGAGAAAGAGAAUCCAGAGACGAAAAACAUCUUCAGAUGGCAGACGAAGCCGUGUUCCGGAUUGGCAAGCUUCGUACCGGUGUGCCAUUAGAUAUUAUUAUCAGGGUUCUGAAGGUUGCCAUUGGCAAGGUCACCUAAUAGAUUCGAAGGAUUCCCGUACUGCACUCAGUACUUGUCCUCAGCUCGGGGGCAUUAUUUGGGAUAACGACGAAGUGUAUCAUCUUCACUCGAACGGAACACAUUCUCUCAUAUUAAAAGGAGGUAGUCUCGAAAUUCCCACGCACUUUAAAUGCGGAUUCAGUGGAACGAUAAAGUCGGUACGUUUUCCUCUCGGAGGUAAAACCUCGGACAAAAAAAAUAGACGCAAACGAGGAAUUGCAGCAUUAACAACGCUAAAAAAAGGCCCUUCAGGCGCCAACGGACGGUCGCGAUUCGUCGAGAUGGUUAUGGUUCACGACUAUAAGCAGUUCGUCAAAUUUGAAAGGGACGAAAAGAAACUAUUUGAGCGAAGUAAACAAGUGGCGAAUAUUGUGAACGCCCUGUACGCGCCACUUAAUAUCUUCGUAAUUCUGGUCGGUGUCAAAGUGUGGUCACAACGGGACGAAAUCGAGGUCGAUCUCAAUGCGGAGAAGACUCUCGAUAAUUUCCUUCGGUAUCGAAUGGAAGUUCUUGCACGCAGUAUGCCUAACGAUAAUGCUCAACUAAUCACGGACGUGACGUUCGAUCAAGAUGUAGUCGGCAAGGCGCUAAAAGGUCCAAUCUGCACGUUCCGAUAUUCUGGUGGCGUGAAUAAGGAUCACCACGAGUCUGUUGCCGUCGUGGCUACGACCAUCGCGCACGAACUGGGACACAAUUUUGGUAUGGAGCACGAUGAUCUGGGGCAGUGUCAAUGCCCCCAGUCUCGCUGCCUCAUGUAUCCAGCGUCAAAUAUUAAUAUACCGCCAACGGCCUGGUCGUCCUGCUCGAUUGAAGCCAUUAACGUGACAUUCUCACAGCAUAUGGACCACUGUCUGCACAAUCUGCCUAAAAGAAUCGUUGGCCCCUCGUGCGGUAACGGCAUUGUCGAGGAAGGCGAAGACUGCGAUUGUGGGCCGGAAAACUUGUGCAUGACGAGAUGCUGUGAUGCCCGAACUUGCAAACUGACGCAGGGUUCGGUCUGCGGCCAUGGUGCCUGUUGCGACCUUGAGACCUGCAGGCCGAAACCUCCUGGAUUAAAAUGCCGGGUCGAGAACGGUGAAUGUGAUCUAUCCGAGCACUGCGAUGGGAAACGGCCCGAUUGCCCAGCAGACGUCUUCAAGGCCAAUGGAGUGAAAUGCGGUGACGGAAACGCAUACUGUUUUAUGGGUUCGUGUUCGAGCCACGAGAUGCAAUGCAAGAAGCUUUGGGGACCCACAGGAAGAGUCGGACACCGUUCUUGUUUCGACGCUAAUAUGAAUGGCACACAGUUCGGAAGCUGUGGAUAUGAUAAAAUUCGAAAUAUCUACGCGAAAUGUAAAUCCAAAGACGCGCUGUGCGGCACACUUCACUGUACACAUCUAAACGAGCGACUCGAAUAUGGGAUGCUAUCAGCCGCUAAAGUGUCGAGAUUCUUUCUCAGAAUCGGGAAGGAUACUCAUACUUGCCGUUCGGCAGUCGUGGAUCUAGGUGCAACCGAUCCGGAUCCCGGCCAGGCAGCUAACGGCGCUGCAUGUGGUUUCAACCAGGCGUGCUUGAACGCUCGCUGCGUCGAACUCGCCCAGUUGGAGUCCCCGCCUUGUGAGUACGGCUGCUUCGGUCACGGGACUUGCAACCAUCUGGGACACUGCCAUUGCGAUAACGGCUUUGCACCUCCAUACUGUAACUUCCCCGGAAACGGGGGUUCUAUUGACAGUGGACCGCUUAGCAAUCCUAACGAUGUGUCAUAUACGACAACGAUCAUUUUGAGCGUCAUCUUCCUGUUCUUAGCACCGCUUGUCCUGUUUUUCGUCUCAUGGACAAUAUUUUCGAAGAAAGAUCUUUUGGCUAAGUGGCGUCUACGGCGUCGCAAGCUUGCUGUUAAACACGCAGCUCGCCAAGGUCCCCUAUUAAACCUCUACGAUAAGACCCAAAUCCCCAAGACGGUAACCGCGGUUGGGCCGAGAAUUAUGGCUAAAGGCAGAUCCCACCAGACAACAGCAAUCAAUGACGAACAAAACGGCGGACCGUACGCAAACAUACAGAUGCUUGCCAAUGGGAAGCUGUCAAUCGAAUCUAACGUCGAUUGUCGGGCUGUUAUUAGGCCUGCUCGACCAGCCCCCCCUCCACCGCCUGGGAAGGUUCGCCCUCAGGUCACUGACACCCCGACAUCAAACCUACCAACUGAGAUCGGUGUACAAAUAACGCCACCUCAACACCAGCCACCACAACUACCGCAAAUGUACAGUCAGCAACUAAAGCAGGCUACACCUCAACUAAAACGCACUAAAUCAUCAGGGGGCUCUAUCCGACGACCUAAUGCGCCCCCUCCGCCACUUCCUUCGGCAGCCGUACAGGGCUUGGCAGGAACACCGGACAUUCCGUUAUGUGAACAUGUGGACACGAUUCGUGCACAUCUGGUCGCUGAACAAAGGAGCAAUCUUAAAGAUAACAGAGGAAACGAGAGCUCUCUACUGGUGUAACCACAGCAUUAGCAGAAGAAACUUUUUCACGUCCAUGAAACACACGGCUCUCUCCUUGUCAGUCGCACCGUUGGAUGAAAUAAUAAUAAUAAUUAUAGAAGUACUAUUACAAUUGUGACAAUAUGAAUAGAAUCAUGAUCGUCAAUCUCAAGAUCCUCCACAUCCCGAUUAUGUGAAGUAUCGACAUGACGUCAUGCUUAUAUGAAGAGUCCUACAAUAUUUGAGAGGGCUACACACUAUACAACAGACCGGGACCGAUAACCGUUUAUCUUUCGAACAAUCAUGGGUAGAAUAAAAGCGGCCGACAAAAACGUUGAGCUGUUGAGAUAUAUAUGUGGAAAUAGGGCUAUGAGUAUGAAAUGAAUGUGUUGAACGAAUGUAUGACUAAUAUAUAUAUAUAUAUAUAUAUAUAUAUAUAUAUAUAUAUAUAUAUAUACGAGACACCCGUACAUACACACACACAAACGCGGCAUAUAUAUCCAUAUGACGGUAAAUAUAUAGAUAGUUCUGACACCUAGGGAGGUUGCAAGAGACGCGAAAUGAUACAAUGCCGGAGCGAGAAAACGACAUCUUGUAAUACGCAGCGCGAGUUUGCAGCUUGCCGUGAACAGCAUUAGUCAAGUCAUAUACAGCCAAAGCUCAAAUGGAUUGAUGUUAUAAAAGACAAAGAUAAUUCAUUGCAGGAAAUGAUGCAGCUUGCGCUUUUUUUAUGAAAAGAGAAGAUAGUUACGCGAUGCCAGUAUGUGCCGGACAAGUUAUGGACGUUUUGAUGAUAAAUGUGUGUUCGAGUGUUCAGGCGAUAUCCUAUGAAAUGCAUUUCAGCGCCACUUCCAGAUGAUGAGCCGCUAUCGCUGCCACUGUUGUUCACUCCAAAGUGAUAUAACACAUUCUAUCGCAGAAAAAACUGUCCGAAGGCGGUCGGACGUUAUUGAUGACGUCCUUCAUCAAUGACCUCUAACUAUAGUUAUAGAUCUAGGGUCGUAUAGUUAGCUAUAGUCAAAACUUUUGGGCGGAGUAAACCAUUUAACCAGAGUUAGUAACACAAUGAAAAUAGUAACAAAUUCACGACACACGAAGAAGACGUUAUUAUAUUGUAAAUGACAAUUAAGUAAAUUUUAUUGCUAUUGACAUUCGUGGAAACAGUUAUUCAUUAUCCCCCAGAAUGGUGCACGCUUGCUGAAUGAUUGACGUUAUUGUAUGUGGGUCUGACUGAUUGGGGGCUAUGAGUGUUUGGAUCCUCUUUGCCUGUAGGAAAACAACUUGAUCAAUAUCAAAGUUUGAUGCUGAUCAAAUUAAUACUUAAUAUAUCGUGAAUGAUAGUAUUUAAUAUUCUAAUUAUUGUUGCCUCACAGAGAUGAGUACUCGAUAGUACGUGUGACCAAGCCAAGCUAGUCGCAGGGAAAGGUCCGAUUAUGUUGCAUAGCGGCAUAUAAUAUUAAAAAUAUAUAAUAGUUGUAAGCUGCGUUUUGCAAUAACAAAAAUCAUAAACGAAAGAUCAAGUUCAAGGAAAUGGAAGAAUACAUAAGGAGAAAAAGCAAAUUCGAAGCAUAGAUGCUAAAAGGUGAACGAUCAGCUAGGCUGAUUUAAAAUGAAUUAAUGAGUAAGAAGUAAAAACAACAUUCAAUAAUGGACAAAAUAGUUGCAUACGAAACAUUAUCUCUAAAAUUUAGCAAGCGUACAUAAGAUCGGACGUAGUGAUCGGACUUUCCCAUCGGGAAUUUGUUGGACGUUAUUAGUAUUACUAUAUACCUACUUAUAACGUUUCUGCCACAACUAAGAUAGAAGAAAACUGUUUUUUGCAGAAAUGACCGUGGACUGACGAGUUAUUUUUUAGCCUACCAAUUGAAAUAAGUAUAAUAGUGCAUCUAUACGCUAAACAACUGUUUCCCGGAUCGCAGAUAUACUUGCGAACGGAUCCACAGAAAUUCAUGCUAUUGCUGUGGUAAUGACGACAAACAAACAAGGGUGGAAUACUGACAAAAAAUCGAGUCGCAUUCAAAAUAAAACGAUAAUUAAAGCCACGGAAAGGAGCGAGUUACAGAAAUGUGUAUCGUGUUUAUAUUUUUUCGUAUUAUAUAAUAUAUACAUACAAAUAUAUUAGGAUUAACUUAUUACAUCUUGUAUUUACAUUUUAUAUUAAUAGAGUGCGGAAUGAAACAGGAACAGGAGAAAUGAGAUGUAAGAAUAUGGACAUAUGGGCAUAGAGCAUCAUUAACGAAGGAAAGUGAAGCUGUGCAUGUAUGUUAUUACAAUUGCGAAACAAUGACAGUAUCGAGAUUCAAUAAAAUCGAAUAGAGACACCGCACCAGAUGAAUAACGAGGCAAAAAUAUUGAGCAGACGAAUUAUAAAUGAAACGACAUUACGGACAGGCCGAUUAUCCGUACGUUGAAUUGGUUCGGUUGUAUGAAAAGGUAACUAAAGUUCAGCGAUGUUCUCUGAGCAUACAUAUAUGUGUUUACUUUAAACGUGCGACGUAACAUGUGGAGGUAUUUGGAUCACUUUGCUUUGUAAUAUUACAUCGACUUCUCGUGCAGGUUGUAUCACAGUUAAUAACUUUACUAAACACUCGAUUGCUGUACUCAGGCUUACCUUCAUUUGUAAGUUAAAACUGGAAUUUGUUAAGAAUAUUAGAAUAAAUAUUCACCGCGUCUGUUAUCAUCCAAAAUUACAGAUGUUGCAAAUCGUA